ACCGAGUCAAGCACACAUAUAUAAACCUCAGCACCCUCUCCCUCUCCCCCCCCCUCUCUCUACGUUAAUAUCCAUUUUUUUGUCUCGUUUUCACCGCUUUAAAACUCUUAAUUCCUCCGUUUCUCUCCAUAAAAUCCAAUCCCUAGUCAAUUAAUCCUCCUGCAUUUCUCUCAUUUUUCUGGAUCUAGAUUUUGUUAAGAUCUGGUGAUUUUUCACUAGAAAAUGAGUCGGUACGAUUCGAAUCCUUUCGAUGAAGAAGAGGUCAAUCCUUUCGCGGAUCAAGGAGGAAAGGGGAAAGGAUCAGGGCAAUCAAAUUAUGGCGGAGGCGCGUUUUAUAUGCCUAAUCCUGGAAGUGUCCCCCCUGCAACUUCAAGGCUUUCACCCCUUCCUCAUGAACCCUAUGAUCGUGGUGCAACCAUAGAUAUUCCUCUUGAUUCUGGAAAAGAUAUAAAAGCCAAGGAGAAGGAACUCCAAGCUAAAGAGGCUGAAUUGAAGAGGAGGGAACAGGAACUAAAACGGAAGGAAGAUGCGAUAGCACGGGCUGGAAUUGUAAUAGAGGAUAAGAACUGGCCACCAUUUUUUCCGAUUAUCCAUCAUGACAUUGGAAAUGAAAUACCAAUCCACCUGCAGAAGAUGCAGUAUGUUGCAUUUACAACAUUGUUGGGUUUAUUUGUCUGUCUUUCUUGGAAUAUUAUAGCUGUUACCACAGCCUGGAUCAAAGGAGAAGGUCCAACGAUAUGGUUUCUUGCCAUCAUCUACUUCAUAGCAGGGGUCCCUGGAGGCUAUGUUAUGUGGUAUCGCCCCCUUUAUCGUGCGAUGAGGACAGAUAGUGCUCUGAAGUUUGGAUGGUUUUUCUUUGCUUACCUGUUUCACAUUGGCUUUUGCAUCUUUGCUGCUGUUGCUCCCCCAAUUGUUUUCAAGGGGAAAUCUCUUGCAGGUAUUUUGCCUGCUAUUGAUCUUAUGGGCAACCACGCUUUAGUUGGGAUAUUCUACUUCAUUGGAUUUGGAUUCUUCUGUGUGGAAUCCCUCCUCAGUAUCUGGGUCAUUCAGCAAGUCUACAUGUAUUUCCGAGGCAGUGGGAAAGCAGCAGAGAUGAAGCGAGAGGCUGCAACAAGGACCAUGAUGGCUGCCCUAUGACAUUGCUCCCACUGGACAAAAAUGCUCUUCUUGGAUGGUACCGAAAGACCUACUUCCAUACUAAACGCGUCUUGCUUCAUUGUUAACCUUGUCGAUGUGUUCAUCUUUAUACACAAUUCUCAAACCAAAGAACUUGUCAGAUUAGAAAAAUUGAAUAGGAUUCAUUUUUAGAGCUUUGUGUUCAGCUGAGGCAUCAGCUUCAUGAGACUGAGAUUGAUACUUUGUUUCUCACUUUGUAUUUCUAUAGAAUGAUUGUGUCAUUGUAUGUUAAUUCAUUUUUACA